UGCCCGCCGCCCCUAGCUCUGCCUCCAGCUCGCCGCCCCUAGCUCUGCUCGGCCUCCAGCUCUCCGGCGCCCCCAGCUUCGCAGCGGACCACGCGCCCGCUUCCCCUAUCUCCGGCGCGGCCUUCUCCGGGCAGCAAGGCUGCAACCGCCGCUGCCAUCGCCACCACUCUCAGAUGUCGCCGCCGCAGUCACCCCCACUUCCUUAUGCCCUCCCCCUCCCGUCCCAUGCCCGCCUCCUACACCCACGCCGGCUGUCAAUCUCCCCCCGAGAUCACCUCCUCCGCUUCGCCUCCCUCGCGAAGGAGCUCUCCGAAUAGCCCCCGCCCCCGCCCCCGCCUCUUCCGUCACGGCCGCGGUCGCCACACCCGUACGAAUACAACCGCCUCAUGUCCGCGCACGCCACAUCCGGCGGCCGAUACGGCCCAGGCGCAGGCGCCGGCGCCGGCGCCGAGCGCGCCCUCCACCUGCUCGACGAAAUGCGGAGCCUCCUCGGGCGCCGCCCCGACACCGCCUGCUUCACCACGGCCGCCGCGGCGCUCUCGUCGGCGUCCCAACCUGGCGCCGCGCUCGCCGUGCUCAAAGCCAUGGCCGCGGACGGCGUUGCACCCGACGCCACCGCGUGCACGGUGCUCGUCGGGGUGUACGCCUGCCGCCUCCGGCGGUUCGACGCAGCCUACGAAGUUGUGGGGUGGAUGGCAGCGAACGGCAUGGCCCCAGACGUGGUCACCUACUCGACGCUGAUCUCUGGGCUGUGCAGCGCCGGCCGGGUGGCUGAGGCGCUGGGCGUGCUUGACUUGAUGCUGGAGGAAGGUUGCCAACCCAAUGCUCACACGUACACUCCCAUCAUGCAUGCCUACUGCGUGAGUGGAAUGAUACAUGAGGCCAAGGAGCUCUUGGAAACAAUGAUGGCAGCUGGAUUUGUGCCAAGCACAGCCACUUACAAUGUCUUGAUUGCAGGUCUAUGCAAGGCUGGUGCUUUCAAGGAAGUUGAUACGCUUCUUGAGGAGAGCAGUGCGAAACGGUGGGCGCCGGAUACAAUCACAUACAGUACCUACAUGGAUGGGCUAUGCAAAGCCGGCAGAGUAGAUAAGAGCUUUGCAUUGGUGGAUAAGAUGCUGUCAGAGGGGUUGUGUCCUAAUGAGAUUACUCUGAAUAUCCUCCUCGACGGGGUUUGCCACAGGUCAACUGCUUGGGCUGCAAAGUGCCUCUUGGGUGCAGUGCAGAAAUUGGAUGGCAUGUCAAUGUUGUCAACUAUAACACUGUGAUGAGGAGGCUUUGUGAUGAUCGGAGAUGGUUGGCUGUUAUCAAGCUUUUUGUCGACAUGGUCAAAAAAGGCAUGGCUCCCAAUAGCUGGACUUUCAGCAUUGUGGUCCACAGUCUCUGUAAACUUGGGAAGCUUUGUGGAGCGCUUUGCUUGCUUAGAAGUGAGGAUUUUGUCGCUGAUGUUGUGGCAUACAAUACUUUGAUCCGCCAUCUCAGUUUCUUGGGGAAAGCUUAUGAGGCCUGCCUUGUGCUUCAUGAGAGGAACAUCACCAGGGCUAUUAAGAGGGCAGAAGUUGAAGCAACUCCUGUGACCAGAAAGAGUCCUGAAAAGCUUUUGAAGUUUAGACUGCUUGGGCUGGCAAUGGCACCAUCAUUUUGACAGGCAUGUUGAUCUCCGAUCCAUUUCUUUUCUAUCUGAAUGAUAGUGUCUCCUUCUGUAAUGCUGAGGAUUGUCCUGGAAAAGUCAAUGACCAUAGGGGAUCUCUUGGGGAAUGCCUACUCAACAAUUUAAAUAAAUUCAGUAAUGUACAAAUUGUUUAAGUAAUGGAUCUUUUAAAAAAACAAAUGGCUAGCAUUCUAGGAUUCUCCAUAAAGCUCCAAAAAAAUAUGUAAGAUUAAUGAAUUGCGCGGUAGUUGCAAAUACAUGUUUGUGGUUAGAAUGGUUCUCUUAUCAUUUACAAUUCUAGUUUCAAAUUUGAUUGACAUUAUAAAAGACAAAAUCUGUGAAUGGUAUCUUCUAUCUUUUCUUUUAAAGAAUGUACGAAUGGCUCUUGUUUAUAUUUUUGUUUCCCCUUGUCCUAAUUGAAUUACGAUAUGAUUCUUUUUUAUGUUCAUAUGCUCAUACUAUAUUAUACAUAUAUUAGAAGUUAGAACCUUCAUGCCGCUGUUCAGUUUGCAAUAGCAAAAGAUGUGAGAUAAUAGCAAAUAACUGCUAGUCAAAAGUGCGUGUAACUCACAACAUUGUCCAAUGGUCUCUGUUACCUUAAGCUUCCUAUAAUAAGAAAAAGUUUCUUUCAAGUGACCACAUGUCUUACAGUAGUUACAUAAUGUUUUUUGUGAUAAAUGAUACUGCAGAAGAUCCAUCCUGGCUGGUCUUGUUGAAUGGACCUGUUUGUUGUUAUCUUGGGUGUUAGGCUCUUCGCGAUGUACAUUAUGUCCCGCAGCUUAGUUAGUUUAAAUCGCAAUUUCCAUAUGUGUUCUCUUUUUAAUUGAAUAUUCUUUCAAGGGUUCUCCAUUAUUUUCUUGAUCCUGAGAAGCUCUUAACUCUCAAGAUAUUUUCCUAUAGUCUAUUAAUAAUUUAGAGGGCAUAUUUUGCACAAAAUAUAUCUGGUGUAGUUAACUUACAAAGCCAAAGCCUUCGGAUUUGUAGAUUGGUCCAACCAUUGUGUAACCUUUGCAAUGCUUUGC